UGGCAGUGUGAGCGGGGCUGAGCGCAGCAUGCGAGGCGCCGCCGCCCAAGCCCUGCCCCGCUGCCCGCCCGGAGCCAGCGCCCGAGGAGCAGCCGCCGCCGGCAGAGCAUGAGCGGGUCAGCGGCCCAGCAGCCCCCCGGCGCGGGGUCGGGGGCGGACCCCGCCGCGGCGGGGAAGGCUGCGGCCGGGGAACCGGUGCCGGAACCUCCCCCGCUGCUGAGCGUCGACGUGUCGGGGCUGGUGUCGCAGUUCGCGCGGAGCUUCGCGCUGAUUUUCCCCGUGUACGUGCUGGGCUACCUGGGGCUGAGCUUCAGCUGGAUCCUCAUCGCCCUGCUCGGGCUCUUCUGGCUGCGCAGGCACCGCAGUGGCAAGAGCUCCCGCCUGGGCCGGGCCCUCGCCUUCCUGCAGGACGAGGAGCGGGUGGUGCGGCUCAGCGUCUCCUCGGCCGAGCUGCCUGCAUGGGUUCAUUUUCCAGAUACAGAAAGGGCAGAAUGGCUAAAUAAGACUGUAAAACACUUGUGGCCUUUUAUUUGCCAGUUUAUUGAGAAACUUUUCAGAGAAACGAUAGAACCAGCUGUGAGAGGAGCAAACAACCACCUUAGUACCUUCAGUUUCACAAAGAUUGAUAUAGGUCACCAGCCACUUCGGAUAAAUGGUGUAAAAGUGUACACUGAAAACGUAGAUAAAAGACAGAUCAUUUUGGAUCUUCAGAUCAGUUUUGUCGGCAAUUGUGAAAUUGAUUUGGAGAUCAAGAAAUACUUCUGCAGAGCUGGUGUAAAAAGUAUACAGAUUCAUGGUACUAUGAGGGUUAUCCUGGAACCAUUGAUUGGAGACAUGCCCUUAAUUGGAGCAUUAUCUAUUUUUUUCCUUAGGAAACCUCUUCUGGAAAUUAAUUGGACAGGACUGACCAAUCUUCUGGAUGUUCCAGGACUGAAUGGUUUAUCGGAUACCAUAAUGUUGGAUAUAAUAUCCAACUACUUGGUGCUUCCAAAUCGAAUCACAGUCCCUCUUGUGAGCGAAGUACAGAUUGCCCAGUUGCGGUUCCCUAUACCAAAGGGUGUUCUAAGGAUACACUUUAUUGAAGCUCAGGAUCUGGAAGGGAAAGAUACUUAUCUAAAAGGAAUGGUCAAGGGAAAGUCAGAUCCUUAUGGAAUCAUUCGUGUUGGCAACCAAAUCUUCCAAAGCAAGGUCAUCAAAGAAAAUCUCAAUCCAAAGUGGAAUGAAGUGUAUGAGGCCUUAGUGUAUGAACAUCCUGGACAGGAGCUGGAGAUUGAGCUCUUUGAUGAAGAUCCAGACAAAGAUGACUUUCUGGGAAGUCUAAUGAUAGAUCUAACUGAAGUUGAGAAGGAACGCCUCCUAGAUGAGUGGUUCACUUUGGAUGAGGUCUCCAAAGGAAAAUUGCACUUAAAACUGGAAUGGCUCACAUUGAUGCCAACUGCUGAGAAUCUUGACAAGGUGCUGUCAAGCGUUAAAGCUGAUAAAGACCAAGCCAAUGAUGGGCUUUCUUCUGCAUUGCUUAUUCUCUAUUUGGAUUCAGCAAGAAAUCUACCAAAUAAUCCAUUAAACUUUAACCCUGAUGGCUUGAAGAAGGCUGCUGUUCAGAAAGCCCUAAAGUCAGGAAAGAAGAUAAACAGCAACCCCAACCCUCUUGUCUUAUUGUCAGUUGGACACAAGGCACAGGAAAGUAAGAUUCGAUACAAGACCAAUGAACCUGUAUGGGAGGAACACUUCACUUUCUUCAUUCACAAUCCCAAACGGCAGGACCUUGAAGUUGAGGUCAAGGAUGAACAACAUCAGUGUUCUUUGGGAAAUUUCAAGCUUCCUCUGAGCCAACUGCUGGCAAGUGAAGAUCUAACUAUGCAUCAGCGGUUCCAGCUUAACAAUUCUGGUCCAAACAGCACCAUAAACAUGAAGAUGGCACUCAGGGUACUGUCUCUUGAAAAGCCAGAGAGGUCUCCAGAUCACCAACACUCAGCCCAAGUAAAGAGGCCUUCUGUUUCCAAAGACUCAAGAAAAACUUCUUUUAAGCCUCAGGUCCCUGUUUCACCACCAGUUGAUUCACACAAACCUGUCCCAGGUUCCCCAGUGAUCGACAGUGAUAAAAAGACUGAUAUAGCUGAAAAAAAUCAUCCUCCUAAUGCCAGUCCCCAGUGGCCAGCGGAUCUCAGCCGAAGCUCCUCCAGUCUCCUUGCCUCCAACGUCACCUAUUCUCCCAGCCACCUCUCAGUCAAAGAACCAACUCCAAGUAUCGCCUCAGACAUAUCGCUGCCCAUCGCCACACAGGAGCUACGUCAGAGACUGCGACAACUUGAAAAUGGAACAACUCUGGGACAGUCUCCAUUAGGCCAAAUUCAGUUGACAAUUCGUCAGAGCUCACAAAGAAACAAACUUAUUGUGGUGGUGCAUUCUUGCAGAAAUUUAAUCGCCUUUUCAGAGGAGGGAUCUGACCCGUACGUCCGAAUGUAUUUAUUACCUGACAAGAGAAGAUCAGGAAGAAGAAAAACACAUGUAUCAAAGAAGACCUUAAACCCAGUGUUCGAUCAAACCUUUGAUUUCAGUGUUUCUCUACCUGACGUGCAGAAGAGGACGCUAGAUGUAGCAGUGAAGAACAGUGGUGGUUUCUUGUCCAAAGACAAAGGGCUGCUUGGCAAGUUAUUGAUACCUCUGGCAUCUGAAGAACUUACCAAAGGCUGGACCCACUGGUAUGACUUAACAGAAGAUGGUACAAAGCCACGUGUUGUAACCUAGGCGCCGUUAGACACCAGGAGUUCCCCCUAGCAUACUUUUGCCAACCUUUAUAUAUUUUAAAAGCAUUGUUCUCACAGAUGUAUCAAUAUUAUUUUUAUAGCUUCAUUUAUUUACUUAUUAGACACACCCCAAUAGUUUUAUAACACUUGGACAUUAUAUGUAGAUUUAGCCAAUCUUAUUGGUAAACUUUGUAUUUUAAUUUGCUGAACUACUUUUCAUGUUACUGUAAUGUGCAAUGGUAUGGUAGAGUAACCUCUUGUGUUUAAAUUGAACUUUAUGGCAGUUGUACCUAUUAGAAAGUGAAAAGAUGCUGUUCUGCUGUUUUCCUGCCUUGUUUUGUAUAUCACCGAGGUACACUGUACCAUGUAAAUAUAUACUAUUUUUUUUAUAAUUUUUCCAUCCUGGUUUGAAGUCAGAAGAAAACAGAUCAAGGAUAGAUAUUUUCUUCUAAAUGCAUGUUAAAUUCUUUGGACAAAUCUUGUUUUGCCCUUGUAGCAAAAUGGUCUUAAAAUUAUUAAUUUUAUGGAUUUUUUUUUAAUUGAAAGACAUUAUUAAGAUUUGACAGUGCGUUUCUGGCCCUGUAAGGCUAGUAAAAGAAAACAUACAAAACAUUAAUAUUUUAAUAUUUAUAUAGAAAUGUAUUAUUGGAAAGUCAUUCUAGAGAAUAUAAUAAAUGUGUUUUAGAGUUGAGAAUUCUAGAAACAUUAUAUGAAGAAAGGAUUGUCAUGGUCCAUGAAUCACAGCAUAUAAAUCUGGGGUUUCAUUUGAUGCAGGAAUGAAGACUUAUAAAACGUACAAUAUUUUAUUAUGCAGAUUGACUUAUUAUUUCUUAUUGGUGUAAUUUAUUCCCAUAAUUUAUAGCACCGUACUUAUGAUGUUCUGAAAGAAUGGUGAGGACAGUCACCUUCCAUAUUAGAAACCAGGUCUCCUAAAUAACCACUCAUGGACUGUCCUAAAAAUUGCAUUGUCAUUACAUUGACAAAUAAGGUAUAUGAAGCAUCUUAUAAUUCAGGCUCAUCAAAUAGACACAGUAGUCUUUUUAUUAUAUGGAAUAUGUAUAAUAUUAAAGUGGAGCACAAACUGGAAAAAAAAACCACUAUGAAAUCCAGAGUUGACACUCUUUCCGUAAUUGCUUCAUUGCUGCCUAAUGUUCCUGGUACAUGAGGCAAAAUGCACCCCCAAUACUACCGUGUGCCAGGUAGGUUCUUUUGAAACAUUGCUGUAUUCUUCUACCAGGACCCGCAACCACGUAGAUAACACACACCAGCAAGAAAGUAGACAAUUGAGAGUUGAAGACACACCCCUACAACCUUCCUGCUAUGAAUCACAGGAGGAUUGUUUUUGUAUCCAAUUUGUUUUCCUUUUUGAAAGCUUUCUCAGACUGUUAUAAAAUGUGCAUUAUGAACGCAAGAGACCAGUGCAGCUCUUUCAGAGCCAUUAGUCUCAUAAUCUUGGGUAAAUAUGCAAUUAGACAACAGAAGUGUAUUAUUUAGUUAAGAGUCUAGAAUUGAGUCUUAGCCAAGAAAGAAUUUUUAAGGCAGAAUAAACUCCUGAAAAAAUAGCUUUAUAAUUACUAACAGAACCUUAAUUCUAGAUGUAGAAUAUACCUACGUUACUAAAUAUACCAAAGUGCCUACCGUAGAUGUAGCCUGUUGUUUCCAUCAAAAUUAAGCAUCAGCCUAUUUUAGUUUGAUGUCAAUCUGUGUUUUCACACUAUUUAUCUAUUACACACAUACUCAUAUAUACAGUGGAACUCUUUUAUAGUGAGGUCAUUUUAUUUCACAGAACAGCUUCAGCAGACAAAAUUCUCACUGGGAGUUUUGCAAGCAUUUAGACUGCAGGAUUGAACUGUGCAGAGAGCCCUAUAAACCAUAAGAAAACUGGAGAAUUUUCCACUUCAUAUAACAGGUCUGCCUCUUGUUCAAAUUCACUAAAGGUUCCACUCUGUGUAUUAAUGGGUAUGUAUAAAUACGUACACACACUCAUUAUCUACACACACAAUGGAAUAUAUUAUGAAAUAUAACUUUCCUUAUGGAAUAAUCAUUCAUCCCUUUACACUGUAGGGAGGAGGAACAGAGAGAGAAUGGAUGUAGAUGCAAAUGAAGGUGCAGAAAGUAAGAGCUGAUGUAAGUAAAGGAGGUCUAGCUCAGUGGCAUUGCCUUUUGCCUCAGUUCAGCUUCUAGAAGGAGGGAUUCUUAGUGUAAAUGUAGUUGACAGCUGUGAUUAACACCAUGACCAGUGACAUCAGGGGGUUCAGUCCCUAUCUAAAGGCUAAAUUUCCAGCCCCAUACUAUGGUUCAACUUUAAGUGCUGACUUGAGGAAGAAGUCAGCCUUGGUGCUGGAUCACAAAUAACCGCAUGUUUUUCCUUCUUUAGUCCCUAGGAGGAAAAGGCGGUGUUUGUUGUAAAGACAAGAGGUAAUAACACAAAAUGGAGGAGAAAAUGAAUGUAGAAUUUAUAGCACAGAUUUUCAAAAUGGCUCAGCACUCACCAUCAGGCCUAGAUUUUCAAGAUAGCCCAGCUCCACUUAGGUACCUAAAAUGAAGAGGCCACAUUUUCAAAAUAACUGAGCACCCAACAGCUCCUAUUUGUUCUCAAUAGUCACCGCUGGGUGCUUUUUGAAAAUCUGGCCUUGCGUAAAAAAUGGAUCAGAACAAUUCGGUCCAAGUAAGAGUGUCUUUUUCUGCCCUCAGUAGUGGGG